AUAAAUAAACAAAUGUAAAUUAAACAGAAAAAAAAAAGGAAAACUGAGGAAACCAAUAAGCAAGAUCGAAGCUUUAAGACACGAGCAAAAGCUCCAACAUUCAACUCCAACCAGCAAUACGAGAAAGACACGAAGAGCAAUUCAAGACUUUGGUUUAUCACAGAAGCUCAAUACGCAUACGGAGUUCGGAACAAAAAGUUCUCAGUGAAGAGGAUCCCUUGCUGCUGUUUUCUUCAGAUGAUUUUGAUUCAAAAUUGAGGGCUUUUUUUGUGUGAAGUGAUGAGAUUUGGCUUUGCACUAAAAGGGAAUAGCUUAAAUUCAAAGUGUUAUUAGAUUGUUUUUUUUGUCUGAAAGGGCAAUAGAAGCUGAGAGUAAUAGUCAUGCAGCGUUCUCAAGAUGAGAGGAUUAAUCUUGGUGAACUGAAAGGUCAUAUAGUGAAGAAGAUUGGUGUUGAAAGAUCAAAAAGGUAUUUUAUUUACCUAAGUAGGUUUCUGAGCCAGAAGCUGACCAAGAGCGAGUUUGAUAAAACAUGUUCAAGGCUGUUAGGGAGGGAGAAUCUCUUUCUACACAACCGGUUGAUACGUUCCAUCUUGAGAAACGCAACCGUCUCCUCCAAGUCCCCACUGCCUGCUCAUCUGACCACCAAACCUGUGGCUAAUGGUCCUGAACAAAGGGAAUCUUUAGCUCCUAACCGUAAUGACCAUGUUUGCUCCAACGGGGUGAGGUCAGGAGUGCGGAAGAGGAAGGUGAGAGAUAGUCCAGUAGAGCAACAGUCAGUUUGUAGAUUAGGUGGUGCUGCUGAUGAAAGAGACGGUGAGUUUCUUCGUCCCGUUGCAAAACCACAAUGGAAAGAACAAGAGGAGCAGGUGAGGGUGACUUUAUCAGCUAGUCCUCUGGUUGCACCUAUAGGGAUUCAGUUUUGUUCAGCUGGUGGGUCCCGUAGAAGAAGGGUUCCUGUCUCAACCAGCGUUGACGUAAUGAGUAGCUACGAGAGUGGCGGGUUAGGAGAGACAGAGAUGCUGAGGAAAAGGAUGGAGAGUAUUGCAGUAGCGCAUGGUCUUGAAGGGGUUUCCUUGGAGUGUGCUAAUACGCUGAAUGCUAUGUUGGACGUUUAUCUGAAGAAGCUGAUCAGAUCGUGCGUUGAUUUGGUCGGAGCUCGGUCAACAGAUGGAAGAGAACAAGGCUUAGUCAAGCAGCAGCAAAGUCAGAACAAGGUUAACGGACCUUCUGACAGAAGACAAGAUGAGCGUUCUGUGUCUCUGCUUGAUUUUAGAACCGCUAUGGAGUUGAAUCCACACCAGCUUGGCGAAGACUGGCCAACACUACUGGAGAGAAUCUCCAUACAGGUCUUUCGAGAGGAACAGAGGUGUGAAAGAAAUCAUCAGUUAUGAGUUUAAUCUGAGGUGAGAAAAGAAGCAGAUCAAUAUGAUAUCUCAGAGCAGGUUAGUAGAUUUAUUAUUCGGAAAUGCAACUAAUUAUCCUUCCUAAAGAAUCUGUAAAAAGAAAGAUACGUGUUGUUAGUUGUGUCAUGUUGUAAGAUUUAGCAAUCUCAAAGAGGCUUUGUUGUGUAUACUACUACUAGUGAGUUUUGGCAAAUGAGAUACCGAGUAGGGUACAAAGUCAAAUCAUGUAAUAGCUCUUCCAUUUUCUCUAGUCUUUUAGCAUUUGUUUAGAAUUCAUUAUCUUCAAAAAUAACAAUUUUUUGACAUUUCCCUUUUUUUGUUUGUUCUCUCAUCUCAUCUCAAUGGAAAUUUCGUUUUAUUCAAAAGUCCAGAAUGAAUUUGAAUCCGUUGUCCUUGUAUCCCCUGUCUAUUGCAAGUUUUUAUAUGUCGAACAUAAGCUUUUAUUCGAGAAGUUGUAGCCUGAGGAUGUCAUCAAUGCUAGAAGAAUUUAGCCAACAGUAGUCAUCUUCUGGCAAGGCUCACUCGUUGGAAGGAAACUUGCUACAAUGCAUGUUUUGUCUACUGAAGCGGGUAACUGUAUCUGGUGAGUUCUUCUUUGAACAUUAUGACCAUCAUGUGGUACUCUGUGCCACCAUGAAAAAUCUUUUCAACUUGCUUAAAUUACGAUUAUAUAAUAACCUGCAAUCCCCUGAAAGAUGUCAUCUUUCUGGACUUUUAUUAUAUCCUGGUAAAAAAAAACGAUUCUUGCUGCUGGAGUUGUUUAGAUCUGUGUCUUUCUGAUGGUUAGAGAAUAUGUUUUGAGAGACUACUCUAAUGUGUGGUUUUUAGAGGCAUGCGUUUUGCUGCACCAGACAUAUCUUUACUUGAUACUUUUUUCCAGAGAUUUAUUAAAUACUAGGAUCUUUCUUCAGAUGAGUUAAGAUGGUAAAAUAGGCGAAAAGACAGAAGGAAAACUAAUCAGCACUUCCCUUUACAAAAUGGAGCACCAGAGUCUUCAUCUGCAGCCACUAUUGCACACAAUAAUACAGUGUACCUUCCAAACUCCAUCUUGUUUUUUUUGUAUACCCUUCCUUAGAAUCACAGAGAUCAAAAUAUCAUGUUUAAAGGGAAACAAAGAAAUGGAUUUGAUUCAGUUUAUGUUCUUUAACCUUUGAUUCAGUUGUAAUGAAGAGAGUUUUUGUGUUUA